AUGGAGAAGUUGGUGGCUGUUGAGCCUCUGAGAAUCGAAGCCCCCUCGCCCAAUGGCUCCCAGACCAACAGUCUGUCUCUCGAGGACCAGCGUCUGGAGAAGAAGCUCCUGCGCAAGCUCGACUUUAGGAUCAUCCCUACGCUGUGGUUUCUCUUUCUCGUCUCUUUUUUCGAUCGCUCCAACAUUGGACCUACUGACGGCACCAGAAAUGCGAAAAUCGCAGGAAUGCCCAAGUCCCUCGCCAUGGAGGGCAACGACUACAAUAUCGCUGUCUUGGUGUUCACGGUCGCCUAUGUCGUCUUCGGCAUGCCCGCGAACCUGAUUGUGAAGAAAAUGGGCCCCAAGGCGCUGGCGAUCUACAUGUUCUGCUGGGGCCUCUGCACGCUGGGACAGGGUCUCACGCGUACCGUCGACGGGCUCAUCGCCUGCCGGUUUCUUAUGGGAAUGUUCGAGGCGGGUUUUGUUCCUGGCUGUGCCUAUUUGAUCGGUAGCUACUACAAGCGCAACGAGUUUCUUCGUCGCUACGCCGUGUUCUUCAGUGCUAACAUGGCUGCUGGUGCAUUCAAUGGACUCUUUUCGAGCCUUGUGACAAGGAUACAUGGGGCUGGCGGCUACGAGGGCUGGCGGUGGCUGUUCAUCAUCGAGGCGUUGAUUACUAUCGCAGUCAGCUGCGUGUGCUACUGGUUUAUCGUGCCAUUCCCGGAAAACGCCACGUUCCUGACGCCUGCCGAGAGAACUCUGCUCGAGUCUCGCCUAGAGGCGGACGGCGGCGGCGUGCGUCAUGACAAUAUCUCCUUCCGCCGUGUGCUUCCCAUGAUUGCCGAUUGGAAGAUCUGGAUCUGUGUCUUGUCAUACAUGGGGGCCGAAGAAACGGCCAGCUCAGUAGUGGCCUUCCAGCCAUCCAUUCUGAAGGACCUGGGCUGGACCAGUACGAGUGCCCAAGUGCACACGAUCCCGAUCUAUGCGGUGGCCUUUGUGCUAACGCUGAGCUGCGCGUGGCUGAGCGACCACCUACAACACCGGUUUGGGUUCACUCUAUUCGGCUCAUUCCUGAUCAUCAUUGGGUGGAGCGUAGAACUGUCCUACGUUCCCGCCGCUGAGGUACGAUACAUGGGGAUGUUCUUUGUAACGUCUGGGGCCUUCAUCAUGAUGUCGACGCUCGUGGUCUGGCUGUGUGUCAACAUGGGCAAGGGAGUGAAGCGCAGUGUGGCAAUGGGCCUCUUGACGGGUUUUGGCAACUGCGGUGCGCUGGUCUCCAGCAAUGUCUUCAUUACAAACCAGGCGCCCAAGUAUCCCGUUGGCUUCGGUGUAGGGCUGGCCUUUGGCGUCAUGGCGGGUGUCACCGCCACGGCCUUUUUUGUCCACCUCAAGAUGGAGAACCGGCGUCGCGAUCGCCUCCAGAGCACCAGUGCCAGAGCUUACAGCCGCAACGAGCUGGAGAACCUGCAGGAUUUGGGUGAGGACCAUCCCGACUUCCGCUUCCAACCAUAGAAUGUAUAUAGGUGAUGGUGUUGUUUUGGAUAGUCUCAAUCUAUACUACAGUUUCAUACCCCG